UUCGCCUACGCCUUCCCCAAAGGCUUAGCCAUCUUCUUCAAAGAAAUCCAGGAUUUCUUUGGCACGUCCUAUAGCGAGAUCGCGUGGGUCUCCUCCAUCAUGCUGGCCACGACGUACGGUGCAGGUCCCAUCAGCAGCAUUUUGGUGAACCGCUAUGGCAGCCGCCCCGUGGUUAUGCUGGGAGGCCUGCUGUGUGGUGUUGGGAUGGUCUCAGCUGCCUUCUGCAACAGUAUCCUGCAGCUCUACAUCUGCGUGGGCUUCAUUACGGGAUUUGGCCUUGCUCUCAACCUGCAGCCAUCAGUGAUAAUCAUAGGGAAAUACUUUCUGAAGAGAAGACCCAUCGCGAAUGGCCUGGCUAUGGCAGGGAGCCCCGUGAUGCUCUGCACACUGGCUCCUCUCAACCAGUUCCUUUUUGACAACUUUGGCUGGAGGGGCAGCUUUUUAAUUCUUGGGGCAAUUUUAUUAAACUGCUGUGUGGCUGGAGCUCUCUUCAGACCUAUUGGGGCAGCCACAGCAUCAGUCAAAACCCAGGUGGCUGAGAAAGGGAAGAAUGCUCUGAAAAAACAGGUCACUGAAGAUGCCAUGGAAAUGAGUCGUCCCACGGCCGUCCCCAUGGAGAGCCAAACGGAAGAGGAAGAAGGAAAAGACUGUUGUGAAAAAAUCAAUCAGUACCUCGAUUUUUCCCUCUUCAAGCACAGAGGGUUCUUGAUUUACCUGAUUGGGAACGUGCUGAUGUUCCUGGGGUUUUUUGCCCCCAUUGUUUUUCUGGCACCUUAUGCAAAGCACAUCGGCAUUGAUGAAUAUUCGUCCGCUUUCCUCCUUUCCAUCCUGGCCAUCGUGGAUAUGAUCGCCCGGCCUACCACGGGCAUCAUUGCAAACAGCAGGUGGGUGAGGCCACGGAUUCAAUACUUCUUCAGCUUUGCCAUCACCUUCAAUGGCACCUGCCACCUUCUGUGCCCACUGGCUUCAGGCUACAGAGGGCUUGUCGUCUACUCCGUCUUUUUCGGCCUGGCCUUUGGCAUGGUGUGUGCCAUGCUCUUUGAGACACUCAUGGACCUCGUGGGAGCCCCCCGCUUCACAAGUGCUGUUGGCCUGGUCACCAUUGCAGAGUGCUGCACCAUACUGCUGGGACCACCUAUUGGAGGAACUCUUAUUGAUACCUUUGGGGACUACAAAUAUAUGUUCAUUAAAUGUGGAGCUGUGAUGGUCCUGGCAGGAUCCUUCCUGUUCAUCAUGAAUUAUUAUAAUUAUCGUAUGCUUGCCAAGGAGGAGAAGGAAAGAAGGGCAAAAGAAGAGGAUCCAAAAUCUGUAAGGACAGAAAAUGAAGACAGAAAUAACUGGAAAAAAGAAACCGCACAGGAUGGGCCUGAGCUGGAACCUUUGAGAGAGGAACAAGCAGAACUAAAGAAGGAAAUGAAUGGCACAAACGAAGUUUAA